UAUACAAGUUCAAACAAAUUAACUGAACAAUUUUGAUAAAAAAAGAAAACAGGUUAAUAACAAUAUUUGAAAUAUUGUUAUAAGAUGGCAACAAAACGUAAAGCAGCGGACACUCUCGUCCCAGCAGAGGAAAGUGAUUUACUAUCAAUAAAACCUUUGGGGGCUGGUCAAGAAGUAGGAAGAUCGUGUAUCAUGCUCGAAUUUAAAGGAAAAAAAAUAAUGCUCGACUGUGGAAUUCACCCGGGACUGUCAGGAAUGGACGCUUUACCAUUUGUUGAUUUAGUUGAAGCAGAUGAAAUAGAUUUACUGCUAAUAUCACAUUUUCAUUUAGAUCACUGUGGUGCUCUACCUUGGUUCUUACAGAAAACCAGUUUCAAAGGACGUUGCUUUAUGACACACGCUACAAAGGCUAUUUAUCGAUGGUUAUUAUCAGAUUACAUAAAAGUAAGCAAUAUUGCUACUGAACAAAUGCUGUACACCGAGUCAGACUUAGAAACGAGUAUGGAUAAAAUAGAAACGAUUAAUUUUCACGAAGAAAAAGACGUUUUUGGUAUUAAAUUUUGGGCUUACAAUGCAGGUCAUGUGUUGGGUGCUGCAAUGUUUAUGAUUGAAAUAGCGGGUGUUAAAACACUCUACACAGGAGAUUUCAGUCGACAAGAAGACCGUCAUUUAAUGGCUGCUGAGAUUCCUAAUGUUCGUCCAGAUGUUUUGAUAACUGAAUCAACGUACGGUACACAUAUACAUGAAAAACGAGAAGAUCGUGAAAGCAGAUUUACUAAUUUAGUUCAUGAAAUUGUUAAUCGAGGUGGUAGAUGUCUGAUUCCUGUGUUUGCUCUUGGGCGAGCUCAAGAAUUGUUAUUAAUUUUAGACGAGUACUGGAGUCAACAUCCAGAGCUACAUGAAAUACCUAUUUACUACGCAUCAUCACUUGCCAAAAAAUGUAUGGCAGUCUAUCAAACUUAUAUAAAUGCCAUGAAUGAUAAAAUUCGUCGACAAAUAGCUAUAAAUAAUCCAUUUGUAUUCAAACAUAUUUCCAAUCUUAAAGGAAUUGAUCAUUUUGAUGACAUUGGACCUUGUGUAGUCAUGGCAUCGCCGGGUAUGAUGCAAAGCGGUUUAUCACGCGAGCUGUUUGAGUCUUGGUGUACAGAUGCCAAAAAUGGUGUUAUUAUUGCAGGGUACUGUGUUGAGGGUACAUUAGCCAAAACAAUACUGUCAGAACCCGAGGAGAUAACAACAAUGAGUGGACAAAAGUUGCCACUAAAAAUGUCUGUAGAUUAUAUUUCAUUUUCAGCUCACACUGAUUAUAAACAAACAUCUGAAUUUAUUAGACAUUUAAAACCUCCUCAUGUAAUAUUGGUACACGGUGAACAAAAUGAAAUGAGUCGUCUUAAAUCAGCUUUGCAACGUGAAUAUGAGGAUGAUCCUACUACUUCAAUGGAAAUACAUAAUCCGCGCAAUACAGUAGCUGUGGAACUUAAUUUCCGUGGUGAGAAGACGGCUAAAGUUAUGGGAACUCUUGCUAUGGAUACUCCAAAACCAAAGGAAAUUUUAUCAGGUAUUUUAGUAAAGAGGAAUUUCAACUAUCAUCUAUUGGCACCAUCAGAUCUUUCAAAGUACACGGAUAUGAGUAUGAGUCAAGUUAUUCAACGGCAAAGUAUUUAUUUCAGCGCAUCAUUGCCAGUUCUUAGGCAUCUUCUUACUCAGAUAGCUGGAAAUAUAGAUGUUAUUGAUGAUAAAAAAAUGCGAGUAUUCAAAUGUGUAGAAGUUAUUGUUGAAGGUAAAAUAGUAACGAUGGAAUGGAUUGCUAGUCCUGUUAAUGACAUGUAUGCUGACUCUGUCCUCACAGCACUUCUUCAAGCUGAAAUGAUUGAUGCACCACCUAAAACACUAUCUGCGCCAACCAAAAUGGAUCGCAUGCAUUUCAAAGAGUGUCUCAUAGAAAUGUUGCAAGAAAUGUUUGGUGAAGAUUCGGUACCUAAAAUUUUCCGCGGAGAAAAGUUGUACGUUACUGUUAACAGUAAGAAAGCUCAUAUAGAUCUUGGAAACCUUAAUGUUUCAUGUCCCGAGGAUGAGACGUUUCAACAAAUCGUUCAGACUGCGGUCACUAAACUUUACCAAUCUCUGGCGCCGCCAUGCGAAUCCUUAUGAUUGUGUUAUUAUUUAUUUUUCUCAAAAAGCUUAUAAUUA